AUGCAACUUACCGUCCUCUCCACCGUUUUCUUCAUCGUAUCCGCCCUCGCGGCUGACUGCUCCGGCAACAGCAACAGUCGUCUCGAAGAAUUCAAAGAAGCAUACUGGAGCGCUCGUGAGAAAAUGUGCAGCAACUCCGAUUGCACUUACCAAGCGGCUUGCACAAUCAGUACCCAGAAGUCAGUCGGCUCGUCUUGGGCCAAGACAACAGUUGUGGCUGAGCUUAAGCGUAAGAAUACUGGAGGCAAGAAGGGGUUCAAGGAUUGCUGGGAUGCUACCGAGGAUAUCAUCAACCAGUGUGUUAUUGGUAACCACCAAUUGAGUGGAACGUGGGAGUCCGAUGGUCAGCUGUAUCAGUUCAAUGGUUAUUUUGCUUAG